AGGGGAUACAAUGGAGUAUAUCAAAGCAUCAUGGGAUAUAUUCUUUCUUUCUAAUUUUCUCUGAGGAAACGUGUUUUUGGUUUGUGAGAGAUCUAGACGUUAAAAAUGCAAAACGAAGCCGGUGAAAUCGUUGACACUUACAUACCUAGAAAAUGCUCUGUCACCAACAGAAUUAUUUCUGCCAAGGAUCAUGCAUCAGUGCAAAUUAAUGUUGGAGAGCUCGAUGAAAAUGGACGAUACACCAAUAAUUUCAAGACCUAUGCCUUCAGUGGUUUCUUGAGAAAUACAGGUGACUCAGAUGAAGCUCUUGUACGUCUGUGUAUGAAGGACAAUAUUGUCUCCCAAAACACCACAGAAUAAAGCAAGGAUGUAUAUGAAAUAAAAGUUAAAUAAAUGCUUUGUGUUUGA